AUGUUGCUGUGGCCAUUGCUUUUGGUCCUUGCUCCUGUCAGGGUGCAAUCAGACUGGCUGAGUAUCAUUAUGCCACACUAUGCCUAUGAAGGAGACCAGGUGGUGGUGAGAUGCUCUGGGAAAGAGGAUAAUAAAAUAAAGAGACUGAUGUGCCACAAGGAUGGAUUUUGUAUAUCCUCUUAUAAGAGCUCCUCAAGCUAUACUAUUUCAAAUGCAAGACCCAGUGACAGCGGCUCCUAUUAUUGUAAAGUGGAUAGGAAAUUGUUCUUAUUUAUAGAUGUGACAGAAGAAACAAGAUCUAUAUGGCUCACCGUCCAAGAGCUGUUUCCAGCAUCUCAGCUGAUGGCCUGUCCCUUGCAGCCUACUGAGGGUGACUCAGUAACCCUGUCCUGUGGUACCCAGCACCCUGCAGACAGAUCAAGGACCCAGCUUUGUUACUCCUUCUUCAGGGAUGGUCACACCCUGAGGUCGGACUGGAGCUCACCAGAGUUUUGGAUCUCAGCAAUAAGGAAAGACAACUCAGGAUAUUACUGGUGUGAAGUGAUGACAGCAUCUCACAGUGUCUCAACGCAGAGUCACCGAUCCUACGUGCAAGUGCAGAGAAUCCCCGUGUCUGGAGUUCUGGACACCCAGCCCCAGAGGGACCAGGCGAUUGAAGGGAAGAUGCUGGCCUUUGUCUGCUCUGUGGCUGAAGGCACAGGGGACACCAUGUUCUCCUGGCACAGAGAAGACACGAGGCAGAGUCUGGGACAGAAAAGCCAGCGUUCCCAGAGAGUGGAGCUGGAGGUCCCUGUUAUCAGGGAGAGCCACGCGGGGGGCGCCUGCUGCACAGCUGACAACGGCUACGGCCUCAACCAGAGCGAGGCGGUGAAUGUCACUGUGAGAACUCCAGUGUCAGGUCCUGUCCUCACCCUCAGUGCUCCUGGGGCCCAGGCCUUCACUGGGGACGUGGUGGAGCUUCGCUGUGAGGACAAGAGAGCAUCUCCCCCAAUUCUAUACCGAUUUCAUCACGAAAACCUCCCCCUGGGGGGCACCUCGGCGCCUUCUGCAGGACGAGCACCCUUCCACCUCUCCCUGACCACAGAGCAUCCUGGGAACUAUGCCUGCAAAGCCGACAAUGGCCUGGGGGCCCAGCACAGUGAGGCGGUGGCCCUCAACCUCACAGAACCUCCACUUAAAAUCCAGUCGAUGAAGGGUCCCCACUGCUGUGAAGGGCAGGUGGAGGUAGAAAAGGAAGGUCACUGGGGCACCGUGUGUGAUGACGGCUGGGACAUGAAGGCUGUGGCUGUGGUGUGCCGGAAGCUGGGCUGUGACACCCCUGCAGGCAUGUGGUAUCGGCCAGUGGCAGAAGAGGACCGACCUAUAUGCGUUCAGGUAGCCCUGUGCAGUGGGACAGAAAAGGCAUUGGUUGAAUGUGAGCAGGUUGAGAUCUCUGACUGUGGGCACGAUGAGGAUGCAGGCGCAGUGUGUGAAGGUGGGUGA